AUGAAUCGGCAAUGUCUGCGCGUGCUGAUCGUGACGACGCUCUCGCUGGCGUCCGCGGAGGUCUUCCGCGUGCCGCUCGACGAGCGCGGCCUAAUCACCUUCGACUGGACGCCCGAUUAUAGCCGCAGGAGCGUCCAGUUCGAGGUGCACCUGUCGUCGGACUUCGGAUGGUUCGCUGUUGGGUUUUCGGACCGAGGCGAAUCUUUUCCUGCGGACUACUGCGUGCUUUGGUACGACUGGAAGGGACGGAUAAACUUCGAGAACGCCGUCGCCGACGAGAAAGGUGUCCUGGUCGUGGACGAGGAGCAGCACUGCUUGCGGUCUAAAAUUAAGCGAAAGGGCCACGUUACCAAGUUUACCUAUGGGAGAGAGUUCGACACGUGCCAUGCUAGUCGCUAUGUUAUUGAGGAUGGGACGAAUCACGUGGUGUGGUCCCGGGGGAAGGACCGGCUGUAUCAGCUGGCGGGGUUGAAUGUGAGCGCCGGUGAUGGUGACAGGGGCAUGGUGAGGGUGCAGCUCCUGAAGAAUGUGGCGGCGAACCUAGACUUGCCCCCGCAUCACAAGACUGUAGAGAUUUUGGUGAGCAAGGUGCAGGUUCCUGAUGCUGAUACCACGUACUGGUGCCACGUGUACAAACUCCCGAGGGAGUACUUGGAGAAGCACCACGUCAUUCAGUAUGGUGCGAUAAUACAGAAGGGAAAUGAGGGAUUGGUGCAUCAUAUGGAGGUGUUCCACUGCAUAGCACCCCCUGAAGAGGAGAUCGACCUGUAUUCGGGCUCGUGCUUUGCGCCCGAGAGGCCUAAGUCGACCCAGGUGUGCAAGCGGGUGAUUGCCGCAUGGGCUAUGGGGGCUACCCCAUUUGUAUACCCAGAGGAAGCCGGAUUGCCCUUCGGAGGCCCAACUUUCAACCCCUACAUCAUGUUGGAGAUCCACUACAACAACCCCGAAAAACGAGGCGAUUGGAUCGACAGUUCCGGUAUACAGUUCUUCAUCGUGUCCGAUCUGCGACCGAACGACGCCGGCGUCAUCGAGCUCGGUCUGGAGUACACCGACAAAAUGGCGAUUCCUCCAGGUCAGGACUCGUUUCCCUUGUCGGGAUACUGCGUAACCGAGUGCACCGCUGUCAGCUUACCACCGGAAGGGAUCUUGGUGUUCGGAUCGCAGCUCCACACGCACCUGACCGGAAUUCGGGUGCGAACGAGACACAUCCGUAACGGCCACGAGCUCCCGGAGCUAAACUGGGACAACCACUACAGCACCCACUUUCAGGAGAUACGCCGCUUGAAGCGCGUUGUCAACGUGCUACCGGGCGACGCGCUAAUCACAACGUGCGACUACGAAACGCUGGACCGGGACAACGUCACCUUGGGAGGCUUCGCCAUAAGCGACGAGAUGUGCGUCAACUACGUCCACUACUACCCAGCCGCCCCCUUGGAGGUCUGCAAGAGCGCCAUCAGCGAUCAGGCGCUCGCCACCUACUUUCAAUACAUGCACGAGUGGGAAAACCAACCGACAUCCGCCGCCAACGGAAUCUCGGACAACUACAGGGCGAUCGAGUGGAACAAGAUGCGGGUGGAAUUGCUUAGGGAGGUCUACGACGAGUCCCCGCUGAGCAUGCAGUGCAACAUGUCGAGCGGCGACCGCUUCCCCGGCUACUGGGAGAACACGCCGAUUACUCCCGUUUUAAUUCCUCUGCCUCCGGCUGGAAGGGCAUGCGAUAAAAUCAAUACUGUAUAGAUUUAAGUAGUUAAAUAAACAGUUCAAUUAGGUA